CAAACCUUCAGAAUGUUUGAUGUGUCAGCCAUCGUGUGGCUUCUAGCACUGCCAAUUUGUCAAGGUUUCAUAUUAUCAACUGGUAGCGGUAGUGAACGAGUGUGUUUUGGCGAAUUAGGAUGCUUCGAUCAAAAGCCACCUUUUAGAAGUUCCAGCAGACCAUUUUCAGUUCUUCCUAAAAGUCCGGCUGAUUUAAAAACACAGUUCCUACUUCGCACAAGAGCCACACCCACGUCUGACGUUCAAGAAAUAGUCUCCGAUGCGGCUUCGGUCCAGAAAUCCCAUUUUGAUGGCUCCAAGAAGACUAAGUUUCUCGUUCACGGAUUUACCCAUCAUGGUAAACGUCAGUGGUUACAAGAUUUGGCAGCGGAAUUGCUCAGAGCGGAAGAUGUGAAUGUUAUAAUCGUAGAUUGGGGUAACGGUGCCGGAUUACCAUACGACCAAGCUUCGUCCAACACUAGAGUGGUCGGAGCUCAGAUCGCACAGCUUAUUAACGCAAUGAUCAAGACCGCACACAGCUCUCCUGAUAAAUUCCAUAUCAUUGGUCACAGUCUAGGCGCACAUGUUUCUGGUUACGCUGGUGAACGAGUUAAAAAUCUUGGACGAAUCUCAGGUUUGGACCCAGCAGGUCCGUACUUUGAAGGAACUCCACCAAAGGUACGACUUGAUCCUACGGAUGCUGUUUUGGUGGACAAUAUUCAUGCGAAUGGUGCAGGAAUACUUUCUAUUGGGAUGGGAACAAAGCAAGCUAUGGGGGACGUGGAUUUUUACCCAAAUGGCGGAGCGGAACAACCUGGAUGUGACUCCAACUUAUUGAAAAAGAUUUUGCAUACCGGAUGGAACGCUGUAACUCUGGGACUGUAUGGUGCCGAAGCUGCUGUUUCUUGUAGUCAUGAACGAUCAUAUUACCUCUACACUGAAACUAUCAACUCAGUGUGUCCAUUUAAAGCUUUCCCUUGUGCUAACUUCGAAGAUUUUGAUGCUGGUAAAUGUUUACACUGCAAUGGUAACGGUUGUUCCAGAAUGGGCUACCAUGCUGAUAAAUCCAGUGCGAAGGGUUCACUCUACCUUGAGACCAAAUCGGCCUCAACUUACUGCGGGUACCACUAUCAAGUGAACAUUACAGCAGAUACUCCUAUGGAUGGUGAAGUCCAUAUUCAACUGCAUGGUACAAAACAAGACACUGACUUACUACCACUUACUAAAGGUUCAGGUGAAAUAAAGAAUAAUGGUGAUAAAGUAAGUCAUUUAGUUGUGACUAGAACAGAUAUUGGUAAUGUGACAGGAAUAACAGUAAAAUAUGAUAAAACAGCCGGUCUGCUGACCACGUGGAUGUACCCAGAUAACUGGAAGGUGAUGGGCGUGUCCAUUUUAGAAGGAAAAACUGAGAAGACAUCCUCAUUCUGUGCUUAUGGUAAAUCUAUAAAAUCACAUUCACAAACAGACUUUAAAGUUACUGGUCAAUGCUAGAUUAAAUGAAUAAUAUUAUUUU